CCCAGGCAGAGGGGGUGCUCCGCGAUCCAGACCCUGGUCGCUGGGGGCGUUAUUACCGCCGGGGGCCCGCAGGCCGAGCGCACGGCCGGACACGGGUCUGAAGGCCCGUGGGGCUUAGGCAACGGAGGAUUCCGAGUCUGAGCUGCCUAACGACCGCGGCUCGGCGUCCCGAGUGGGCCGGGGGCUCGGCUUGGGAGGAAGGCAUCAAGAAACUGAUUAUGUUUCCUUGAAUUUCUCCUGUGUUUGCUUCAUCAAUGUCUUUCAUAUUGAAUACCUUAAGAGAGAUACUGGAAUAUUUCGGUGUUCCCAUGGACCAGCUUUUGCAGAUUUGGGGAAACAAAGGUUAUGGAUCAGCUCGGAGUAUUGUUCGUAUUAUUGGGAAAAUUCUUCCUUUAGAAGCUUGUCGCAGGCCUGAUUUCGAGCUGAUCCCCCUCUUGAACUCUGUAGACUCUGGUAACUGUGGCUCUGUAGUUCCAUCUUUUGCUGAUAUUUUGUGUGUGGCAAAUGAUGAAGAAUCCAUUUAUCUCAGAUUUCGAAAUGGUAUACGGAAAAAUGAGGAAGAGGAGACUGAGGUUUUCCAUCCUUUGCAACUAGUUCGGGAUCCACCGUCACCUGGUCUAAGACAUAACAAACCAAUGAAGGAUUCUCAGCCUGUAAAUGAAGCUGCAAUUAAAAAAAUAGCUGCCCUUGAAGACGAGCUCACUUUUCUUCGUUCUCAGAUUGCUGCAAUUGUGCAAAUGCAGGAGCUGAAAAACAGUACUAAUUCUGGCUCCUUUGACUCGACUGAUGGGCCUAGUGGUUUGGGACAAGUGCCAUCCUCAGGAACUGCUCGACUAAGUGUCAAACCAGACCCAUUUUCAAGUUCAGUGCUUCCCGCUCCUCCUCCUCCUCCUCCACCCCCUCUGCCCCCUCAGUUUUCUUCUCUGCAGCCUCCAUGUUCUCUUGUGCAGCCAGAAUAUACUCAUAUUUGUGGCUCAGAUAAUACAGCAACUGAAGUGAAAAGACAGCACCCAGGUGCUAGUAAGACCAAUUAUAAUCGUCAUUCAAAAAACCAGAAAAACAAAGAUGUGCCAAACAUGUUGGAUGUUCUGAAGGAUAUGAAUAAGGUUAAACUUCGUGCUAUUGAACGGUCACCUGGAGGCAGACCCAUUCGUAAGAGGAAAAGACACAGUUCGCAGUGGGAUCCAGUGUCUUUAAUUUCCCAGGCACUGAAGCAGAAAUUUGCGUUCCAAGAAGAUGAUUCCUUUGAGAAAGAAAAUAGGUCUUGGGAGUCUUCUCCAUUUUCUAGUCCAGAAACUUCAAGGCUGAGCUCUAACAAUUUUGGACAUCACAUUUCACAGGCAAAAGGACAGUGACCUAAAGGAAGAACCGACAAAUGCAAAAGGCGUCACAACCGAGGUGUGGGCGGCGUGAGCUGUGUCUGCGCUACAAGGAGAGCCGCAGAUUCGCCAGCAUGUCUUUCACCAAAUGUUAAUCUCCCGUUAGUGAAGUUAAAGGAAGUCUGUGCGCCAGGAUAUGUUAGUGCAGAGGUCUGAAAAGGCUUGACUUUUAAGAAUACCCGUCUCUGGAUUUGGUUGCUGAUGAUAGGUAUAAUAAUUGAUUUUUUUUUCAUGUAUGUUAAUGUUAUUAAAGGCUGAAUACACACUUGGAAUGGUUUUUCUAAGAGCAAAGUAGUGACUGACUUAAUGUUUCUCAUUAGAGAACAGUAGGGUCUCAUUGUAAGGUAAUAGAAACCAUUUUAAUGGAUUAAGAUAUUAAUACAAGCUAAGUCUAUACUGUAUCACUCAGCAAAUGAUAGUAUGUUUGAAUUUUUAAAAAACAAUUUCUUAAAGCAAUUAUGACAUCUUAAUUUAAGAGCCUUUGAAUCUUUUAAAAAUUGUUGGUGAUUUGGUUUAUUUGACCACCAGAAACUUGGGAGGUUUUUAAAGAAUGUAAUUGUGUCACUCAGAUAGUCAUAGCUUUAAUCAUAUAGGUUUAGCCUCCUAAAAGUUCUUCCUGAGGUGAUAAUUACUUUUUAGAAACUGAUUUGAUAAAUGCUAAUAUUUAAAGAAUUGUCAUAAGUUUUGCCUAUACUUACUAUGUAAAUAUGUAUGCCUAUCUUUUUCUUUUGUUCCACAUUACAGUUAUACUCUGUUCCUUUGUAAAUAAAAUAAAUGUAUGUUUGUAACAUG